GGGAGGUCCGGGACCUCGGUGCAGCACACACGCACACACACACACACACACACAAACACACACACACAAACACACCCUCUGUGACCACAGUAACUGCAGGCUGCUGCGCGCACUGACUGAGCGGACCGGAGAGACGGCGGAGACACACACUUCAGGAUCACAGGCUACAACACAUACGAGCUAGAAAGAGAGAGAGAGAGAGAGCGAGAGAGAGAGAGAGAGAGAGAGAGAGAAAGGGAGCGGCCACGCAAAGUUGAGCAGACUCCACCCAGAAAAACGCCAGCGAACCGAGAGACAGCCGAGACCAUAAAAAUGAGUGGUUCCCACCCCCGGCUCCACCAGAGCGCCGCGCCCGCUCCCAACGCUCUCUCCACGGACAAGGACGCAGAAAUGCCCGCCACGGAGAAGGACCUGGCCGAGGAUGCGCCGUGGAAGAAGAUCCAGCAGAACACCUUCACCCGCUGGUGUAACGAGCACCUGAAAUGCGUCAACAAGAGGAUCGGCAACUUGCAGACGGACCUCAGCGAUGGGCUGCGGCUCAUCGGGCUCCUGGAGGUCCUGUCCCAGAAGAAGAUGUUCAGAAAGUACAACCAGAGGCCCACCUUCCGCCAGAUGCAGCUGGAGAACGUGUCGGUGGCUCUGGAGUUCCUGGACAAGGAGAACAUCAAGCUGGUGUCCAUAGACUCUAAAGCCAUCGUGGAUGGGAACCUGAAGCUGAUCCUGGGUCUGAUAUGGACCCUGAUCCUGCACUACUCCAUCUCCAUGCCCAUGUGGGACGAGGAGGAGGAGGCGGAUGAUGGCAAGCAGAAGACGCCUAAGCAGAGGCUGCUGGGAUGGAUCCAGAACAAGCUGCCCGAGCUUCCGAUCACCAACUUCCACAGAGACUGGCAGACCGGUCGGGCCCUCGGUGCCCUGGUUGACAGCUGUGCUCCAGGUCUGUGUCCUGACUGGGACCAGUGGGAUCAGACCAAACCAGUGGACAACGCCCGUGAGGCCAUGCAGCAAGCUGACGACUGGCUGGGCAUCCCACAGGUGAUUACCCCUGAAGAGAUCGUUGACCCCAAUGUGGACGAACAUUCAGUCAUGACCUACCUGUCCCAGUUCCCCAAGGCUAAACUGAAGCCUGGUGCACCUCUCCGACCCAAACUCAACCCCAAGAAGGCCCGCGCCUAUGGACCAGGUAUCGAGCCUGUCGGUAAUGUGGUGAUGAAGAAAGCUGUGUUCACCGUCGAGACCAUCAGUGCAGGAAUGGGAGAGGUGCUGGUCUACGUGGAGGACCCUGCUGGACACAGAGAGGAGGCUAAAGUGACAGCCAACAAUGACAAGAACCGCACCUACUCUGUCUUCUACAUCCCUAAAGUCACAGGCAUGCACAAGGUGACGGUGCUGUUUGCAGGGCAGCACAUCUCUAAGAGCCCUUUUGAAGUGGAGGUUGGCAUGGCUCAAGGAGACUCCAGCAAGGCCACGGCCCAGGGACCAGGCCUGGAGCCCUCAGGAAACAUCGCCAACAAGGCCACCUACUUUGACGUCUACACAGCAGGUGCCGGUGUUGGGGAGGUGGAGGUGGUGAUCAUGGACCCUGCCGGCAAGAAGAACACGGUGACUUGCACCAUCGAGGAUAAGGGCAACAGCAGCUACCGCUGCACCUACAAACCCACCCAGGAGGGCCAGCACAUCAUCUAUGUCACGUUCGCUGGUGGUCAGAUCAGCAAGAGCCCCUUCACAGUCAACGUGGGAGAGGCGUGUAACCCCACCCUCUGCAGAGCUAAGGGCCGUGGUCUGCAGCCAAAGGGCCUGAGGGUGAAGGAGACGGCAGACUUUAAGGUUUACACCAAAGGAGCUGGCACCGGAGAGCUCAAGGUCUCCAUCAAGGGCCCCAAGGGUCUUGAGGAGCCGUGUAAAAGGAAAGAUCUUGGAGAUGGUGUGUAUGGAUUUGAGUAUUACCCCACCACACCUGGAACAUACACCAUCACCAUCACCUGGGGAGGACAGCACAUCCCCCGCAGUCCCAUUGAGGUCAAGAUUGGUGCUGAGGCCGGCCAGCAGAAGGUGAGGGCCUGGGGUCCAGGACUGGAGGGUGGCAUUGUUGGCAAAUCUGCCGACUUCGUGGUGGAGGCUGUUGGAGACAACGUCGGUACACUGGGUUUCUCUGUGGAAGGUCCAUCUCAGGCCAAAAUUGAAUGUGAUGACAAGGGCGAUGGAUCCUGUGACGUGCGCUACUGGCCCACAGAGCCUGGAGAGUAUGCUGUGCACGUGCUCUGCAACAACGAAGACAUCCAGCACUCUCCCUUCAUGGCUGAGAUUGUCAACGCACCAAACAAAGACUUCUACCCAGACAAGGUUAAGGCUUAUGGUCCAGGCCUUCAAAGCAGUGGUUUGGCUGUUGGAAAGCCCACUGAGUUCACAGUCGAUGCCAAACAAGGAGGAAAAGCUCCUCUGAAGAUCGUGGCUCAGGAUGGUGAAGGCACUCCUGUGGAUGUCCAGGUUAAGGAUAAUGGCAACGGUACUUACACCUGUACCUACACCCCACGCAAACCUGUAAAACACACUGUCAUGGUCUCCUGGGGAGGAGUCAACAUACCUGACAGCCCAUUCAGGAUGAAUAUCGGAGCAGGCUGUCAUCCAAACAAGGUGAAGGUGUCAGGACCCGGGGUGGCCAAGACUGGCCUCAAGGCCUUCGAGCCAACAUACUUCACUGUGGACUGCGCAGAGGCUGGUCAAGGUGACAUCAGCAUAGGAAUCAAGUGCGCCCCCGGAGUGGUGGGACCCGCGGAGGCCGACAUCGACUUUGACAUCAUCAGGAAUGACAACGACACUUUCACAGUCAAAUACACUCCCCCUGGAGCAGGCAGCUACACCAUCAUGGUCCUGUUUGCCGACCAGGCUAUUCCAAUGACGCCCAUCAGGGUCAAAGUGGAUCCUUCUCAUGAUGCCAGCAAAGUGAAGGCAGAGGGACCAGGACUGAGCCGCAGCGGUGUUGAAUUGAACAAGCCCACUCAUUUCACUGUGAACACUAAAGGGGCAGGAAAGGCGAACCUGGACUGUAACUUCAGUGGUCCAACCAAAGGAGAAUCCGUCAAGGACUUUGAAAUCAUCAACAACCAUGACAACACACACACUGUGAAAUACACACCUGUGCAGCAGGGUCCCAUGGGAGUCGCUGUGACCUACGGUGGAGAUCACAUUCCCAAGAGCCCCUUCAACGUCGCUGUGGCACCCACACUGGACCUCAGCAAGAUCAACGUCACAGGCCUCGGAGACAAGAUGACUGUAGGCAAAGACAAGGAAGUGACUGUCAAAUCAAAGGGUGCUGGCGGGCAGGGCAAGGUCGCUGCCAAGGUGACCGGACCAUCAGGGAAGCCAGUGGCCAGCAAGGUUGAGCCAGGGCUGAGCCCAGAGACCAGCCAGGUGAAGUUCAUCCCACGGGAGGCGGGGCCAUACCAGGUUGAAUUGACCUAUGAUGGAGCUCCUAUUCCUGGAUCCCCCUUCACCCCUACAGCUUACCCUGCCACAGACCCCUCCAAGGUACGCUGCUCUGGCCCAGGCCUGGAGCGUGCCAAGGUCGGGGAGACAGGGGAGUUCAUUGUGGACUGUACCAACGCCGGCCCGGCUGAGCUGACCAUCGAGAUCAUCUCAGACAGUGGCACCGAGGCCGAGGUUCACAUCCAGGACAACGGAGAUGGGACCUACACCAUCACCUAUAUCCCUCUCUACCCCGGCUCUUACACUCUCACCAUCCGCUACGGUGGCCAGGAUGUGCCCAACUUCCCUGCUCGGCUCAACGUCGAGCCUGCGGUCGACGCCAGUGGAGUCCGUGUGUUUGGACCAGGAGUGGAGGGCAAAGGUGUUUUCCGUGAGGCCACCACAGACUUCACUGUGGAUGCUCGUGCUCUCACACAGAAAGGAGGCGACCACAUCAAAACCCUCAUUAGCAACCCGUCUGGCAGCCGCACGGACGCCCUGAUCACAGACCGCGGAGAUGGGACCUACAACGUUGAGUACACUCCCUACGAGGAGGGCCCACACAGUGUCGAGGUUUGCUACGACGGCUCUCCGGUGCCCAAGAGUCCGUUCCGUGUUGGCGUCACUGAGGGCUGUGAUCCAGCUCGUGUUCGCGUGCAUGGCCCUGGCCUGAAAGGCGGCAUCACCAACAAGCCCAACAAGUUCACAGUGGAAACCCGAGGAGCAGGUACUGGUGGUCUGGGUCUCGCAAUGGAAGGUCCAUCAGAGGCCAAAAUGUCCUGCACUGAUAACAAGGACGGCAGCUGCAGUGUGGAGUACAUCCCAUACGAGCCUGGCAAAUACAACCUCAACAUCACCUACGGCGGACAGCCCAUCAAAGGGAGCCCAUUCUCUGUGCCAGUCAGUGACACAGUGGACAGCACCAAGGUGAAAUGCCAGGGUCCAGGCCUGGGCAACAACGUCCGAGCCAACAUUCCUCAGGCAUUCACAGUGGACGCCUCCAAAGCCGGAGUGGCUCCACUGCAGGUCCGGGUUCAGGGACCAAAAGGUGUGGUGGAGCCUGUGGAAGUGGUGGACAACGGUGACCAGACUCACACAGUCAACUACGUUCCCACCAGAGAGGGACCCUACUCCAUUAAUGUGUUAUAUGCUGACGAGGAGAUCCCACGCAGCCCCUACAAGGUGAAGGUGCUGCCCACCCACGACGCCAGUAAGGUGCGUGCCAGCGGACCUGGUCUUAACACCACCGGGGUUCCCGCCUCUCUGCCUGUUGAGUUCACCAUUGAUGCCAAAGACGCAGGCGAGGGACUGCUGGCAGUGCAGAUCACUGACCCAGAGGGGAAACCCAAGAAGGCCAACAUACGUGACAACCACGACGGCACCUACCUGGUGUCCUAUGUGCCGGACAUGACUGGCAGAUACACCAUCCUCAUUAAGUACGGAGGGGAUGAGAUCCCAUACUCACCCUACCGCAUCAGGGCCCUGCCCACCGGAGACGCCAGCAAGUGCACUGUCACAGGCGCCGGCGUUGGCCCAACCAUCCAGAUUGGAGAGCAGACAGUCAUCACGGUGGACGCCAAGGCUGCUGGGAAAGGCAAGGUGACGUGCAGCGUGUGCACACCUGAGGGGGCGGAGCUCGACGUGGACGUUGUGGAAAACGAAGACGGCACAUUUGACAUCUUCUACACGGCGCCGCAGCCUGGCGAGUAUGUCAUCUGCGUCCGUUUUGGAGGGGAGCACAUCCCCAACAGUCCCUUCCAAGUCACGGCGCUGGAAGGAGCUCCAUCAGACCAGCUCAUGCAGCAGAGCCAAAUGCCCCAGUACUACGCUCAACAGCCCUGGGCAACAGACAGACCAAUGGGAAUGAAUGGUCUGGAUGUGGCAGGGCUGAGACCGUUUGACCUGGUCAUCCCAUUCACUAUCCAGAAAGGAGAGAUCACAGGCGAGGUCCGAAUGCCGUCAGGCAAGGUGGCCAAGCCUGACAUCACAGACAACAAGGACGGCACUGUUACAGUCAAGUACGCUCCCACUGAGGCUGGUCUGCACGAGAUGGACAUCAAAUACGACGGCAUCCACAUCCCUGGAAGUCCCUUACAGUUCUACGUGGACUACAUGAACAGUGGUAAUGUCAGUGCCUAUGGCCCAGGCCUCAUCCAUGGGACCGUCAACAAACCUGCUGUCUUCACUGUUAACACUAAAGACGCUGGAGAGGGAGGUCUGUCUCUGGCCAUUGAGGGUCCAUCCAAGGCAGACAUCAGCUGUGUGGACAACCAGGAUGGGACAUGCACUGUGUCCUACCUGCCUGUCCUGCCCGGAGACUACAGCAUCCUGGUCAAAUACAAUGACAAGCACAUCCCUGGCAGCCCAUUCUCUGCUAGGAUCACUGGUGAUGACUCCAUGAGGAUGUCCCAUCUGAAGGUGGGCUCAGCUGCAGAUAUCCCACUUGACAUUGGAGAGCUUGACCUCAGUCAGCUGACCGCCUCCCUCACCACACCCUCGGGCCGCGAGGAGCCCUGUCUGCUGAAGAUGCUUCGUAACGGACAUGUCGGCAUCUCAUUUGUUCCUAAGGAGAUUGGAGAGCACCUGGUGAACAUCAAGAAGAACGGUCGCCAUAUUCCCAGCAGCCCCAUUGCUGUCAUGAUCAACCAGUCAGAGAUCGGUGAUGCCAGCCGUGUGCGUGUGAGCGGCCAGGGCCUGAGUGAGGCCAGGACCUUUGAGCCUGCUGAGUUCAUUAUCGACACUCGUGAUGCAGGCUAUGGUGGUCUGAGCCUGUCCAUUGAGGGACCCAGUAAAGUAGAUAUUAACACUGAAGACCAGGAGGACGGCACCUGUAAGGUCACUUAUUGCCCCACUGAACCUGGAAAUUACAUCAUCAACAUCAAGUUUGCAGACCAGCAUGUGCCAGGGAGCGCAUUCACGGUGAAGGUAACAGGGGAGGGCAGGAUGAAGGAGAGCAUCACCAGGAAGAGGAGAGCAGCAUCAGUCGCCAACGUAGGCAGCCAGUGCGACCUCAGCCUCAAGAUCCCAGAGAUCAGCAUAGCGGACAUGACUGCUCAGGUGACCAGCCCGUCUGGCCAGAUUCACAAAGCUGACAUUAUGGAGGGAGAGAACAACACCUACUGCAUUCGUUUUGUCCCCACUGAGACGGGUGUGCACACUGUGUGUGUGAAAUACAACGGCGUGCACGUACCCGGCAGUCCGUUCCAAUUCACCGUCGGCCCCCUUGGAGAGGGCGGGGCUCAUAAGGUUCGUGCUGGAGGGCCAGGCCUGGAGAGAGCAGAAGCUGGAGUACCAGCUGAGUUCAGUAUCUGGACGAGGGAGGCUGGAGCCGGGGGUCUCAGUAUUGCUGUGGAGGGGCCAAGCAAGGCUGAAAUUGCCUUUGAGGAUCGCAAGGAUGGCUCCAGUGGAGUGUCCUACAUCGUGCAGGAGCCUGGAGACUAUGAGGUGUCCAUUCGUUUCAACGAAGAGCACAUCCCUGACAGCCCCUUCAUCGUCCCCGUGGCCUCACCAUCAGACGACGCCCGUCGCCUCACUGUUGCCAGUCUUCAGGAGUCGGGUUUGAAGGUGAACCAGCCAGCAUCAUUUGCCGUCAGCCUUAACGGGGCGAAGGGUGUGAUUGACGCAAAGGUCCACAGCCCAUCUGGAGCUCUGGAGGAGUGUUGCGUCACUGAGAUUGACCAAGAUAAGUACGCAGUUCGGUUCAUCCCCAGAGAGAACGGUCUCUAUCUAAUUGAUGUGAAGUUUAAUGGAAGUCACAUCCCUGGUAGUCCGUUUAAGAUCCGAGUUGGAGAGACGGGCCAGGCUGGAGACCCCGGCAUGGUGUCUGCCUAUGGACCAGGACUGGAGGGAGGCACCACAGGAACUGCUUGUGAAUUUGUGGUGAACACGAGCAACGCAGGCCCUGGCGCUUUGGCUGUGACCAUCGACGGGCCCUCCAAGGUGAAGAUGGACUGUGUGGAGUGCCCCGAGGGCUACAGGGUCACAUACACCCCAAUGGCCCCUGGCAACUACCUAAUCUCCAUCAAAUAUGGCGGUCCUUACCACAUCGUGGGAAGCCCCUUCAAGGCCAAGAUCACUGGUUCAAAGCUCGUGGCCAGCCACAGUAUGCACGAAACUUCUUCUGUCAUGGUUGACCCUGUGACCCGUGCCAUCAGCUGUUCUCAACAGGGUGCUCCCACCCAGUCAGAUGCCAGCAAGGUGGUGGCCAAGGGCCUGGGCCUGACCAAGGGCUUCAUCGGUCAGAAGAACAGCUUCAGUGUUGACUGCAGCAAAGCAGGUCGUAAUAUGCUCCUAGUUGGUGUGGACGGUCCCAAGGUCCCCUGUGAGGAGAUCCUAGUGAAACAUUUGGGCAGCCGCAUGUACAAUGUCAGCUACCAGCUCAAAGAGAAGGGAGAGUACAUCCUGGUGGUCAAGUGGGGAGACGAACACAUCCCUGGCAGCCCCUACCACAUCACUGUCUAAAACCCAGCCCCACAAUCAGAAACUUAUACCACUGUUUAAAUCAACCUAACCAAUCAUUGUUUACAGCUCCAAGCCCCUUCCAUGUUACAAAUUAAGAUUUCUGGCUUUUUUUUUUUUUUUUUUUUUUUGCUUGUUAUUUUAUGAUUAUUUAACCAACUAGAAAACAAAAGUCUCACAUCAGUGUUUACCCUCAGCCAGAUAAUCUGUAUUUUUCCACUAGUGAAUAUUUUCAAACCAACAUCUUCACUGUAACCCAGUCCAAAGAUAAAUGCAUAGACACUGAAUAUUCCUCUCUUCAUUGUCAUUCACUCUGUUUCUUGUCUCAUUCUUCUGUUAAUCACAUCAUUCAGUAAAUUUAGGGAGGAGAAAGAAGCACCUUUUUCAUUACUGUAAACUAGCAGUCGAUUGUGCCUUAGGCUAUUUUACAUUUUCCGUCGUGGACAUUUGCAGAUGAGUCUGAACUAGUGUAUGGUGAUAGGCUAGCUUAGCAUAGUGUAGCAACAGUAGAUUUUGGCCCAGCUGAGCCCGGCAUUGGAUGGAAGGUUACAGUUUACACUGGAGGAGCUACUCUUAUAUACAAAAUAAUGGAUUCAGUUUUAUAUGAGCUUUUAUAUGAACAAAGAGAGUCAGAAGUAAUGUGCUUUCCUGACCCUUGGGUUUAUAUGAAAGACACACUUUGUUUUAAGACCUUUAAUUGUCCGUAUAAAUCCGUGUAAAAGUCAGAUGAACGGCUUGUCUGUUACUAACACAGGGGUAGUCUUUGUAGUGUUGGUGCCCAGUUAAUGCUCAGCACUGGCCCAGUCCACUCCAGCAUGUGGUGUUCAUGAUUUUCCUUAACUAACCCAGUUGUUUUACCUGCUGCUAGUGUGAUCCAGUUUUAGGCACUGCUGUUCUUAAAACCGUAAUACGGAUUAGAGUAGGGAAAUAAUACAGAAAAGAAAAUUUAAGAUAGGGCGACAAAAAAGUGAGCAGAGAGGAGAAAGACACAUUUCACAGUAGCUUGUGGUUUGUCUCACACGCUCUCUUGACACCGCUGCUGGGAAACGCCGCUUUCUGUGUGUUUUAACGCGUGUGAUCCCAACAUGUGCUCUGCAUGUUCAUUAGGUUGUAAAACUCUUCAGAUACAGAAAGCCUCUGAUUCAGGAAAAAAAAAACAUUGACAUGACCUGCGGUGCGAUUGUGGCGGUUCAACUUCGACUAUGGAACUUUUGUCAGAUAAAUUAAAAAGGUUUAAAAAGGGAAGUUUCUAAAGUUGCGCUGGACAGAGGGGCUGAAGACGAUGUCGUGGUUUGUCAUGUCCUGAAAACACGAUGACCAAAAACAAAAAGAACAGAUGUUGCUUUGUUUUCUGCUCAGUGUUUGUAUCUCACCCCUUCAGCCGCCACCCACCCCCCUCCCUUCAUCCUUCCAGCUCGCUUUGUGCGUAAUCUAUAUUUCAGAACAAAAAAAAAAUGAAUCUUGUCCUAAAUAAAGGCUUUAAAAGUGUUUGUAAGACAGUAUUUUGAUACACAAUAAAGUUGUCUAAGUAUU